ACCAUCAGAACCCCCACUCACCCGCGUCCACCCAUCAGUCUUCAAAGCUCCCCCGAAAAAAAACCUCCCCUUCGUCGCGUUUUACGCACCCCCAAAAUCUUUUCGCCAUCGACACUCGAGGUACUCAAUCUACCUCCUCUCUUGCCCAUAAUGGGUCGCACCGUCGACCAGGAGGUGCACGCGGCGUUUGUCGAGUUCCGCGCCAAGGAAGAUGACAAGUGCCUCUCCGUCCAGUGUAUCUAUUGUCAACAGAUUCGUGCAAAGAAUACUUCGCGUCAGAAACAGCAUCUCCUCGAGUGCCCUGGUCUUCGUGGUCAUCCCAACGCUCCCCAGCCGAAUCAACCCUCCCAGGCUCCCAAUGGCAUCGGCCCUACCAACGGCUACCCCGGCACCCCCAAUGGCCCAACAGCUACUCCAGGCGGCCCUGGUGGUCCCCCGACCAUGCCAACCCCCAAUGGUGCCAUGAUGACCAACGGCGUCAAUCCUCAUGCCACCCCGUUGCAGACUCCGCUGCAGAACUUGAACCGUCCGCCCAUGGCCACCCCGGGCCCGCCAACUGGACCUCCCGGAUCCGCUCCGCCCUCCGCCGCGCCGUCGCGUCCUACUCCGAAGCCGAAAGCUAAGAGCGCCGGCUCCAAUCUUCCCGCGCCGCCGCUGGACGAUGUGCACGCGGCCUUUGUCGAGUUCCGCGCCAAGGAGGAGGACAAGUGUCUGUCUGUCCAGUGUAUCUACUGCCAACAAGUCCGCGCAAAGAACACCAGCCGUCAGCGCCAGCACCUGCUCGAGUGCCCCACCUACCUCAGUGUGAUGAAGGACUCGAUCCCCGCCAACAACUUGCUGCACACUUUCCCCGAGGGUGACGUCGCGCGAUCACUGCAGAUCCCUGCCCCGACGCUGGAGCUGGACUUCCGCAUGAGCAUCAAGAUGAACCCCAAGGUUACCGUGGGUCAGAGCAUCUGGGGUGGUCGGGAAUGGGUUUCGUUCCUCGGUGGUCAGUGGGCUGGUCGCUGGGGAAAGGGUAUCGUUCUGCCCGGUGGCCAAGAUACUCAGAUUGUCACCAAGGACUUUACUACUAACCUGCGCGCAAGCUACAUGUUGCAAACUGCCGACGAGCCACCUGCAUACGUGAUUGUCCGGGCCGAGGGAUGGCUCACCGGAGCCAAGGAUGUUCUUGAGAAAGUCAAUGACCCCGCCAUGGCUGAUGGUAUCAACCCCAGCAGCUACAAGUAUCGUAUCAACUUGUCUAUGGAGACUGGUGAUGAGCGAUACACAUUCUUGAAUACCCUGAUGUGGGUAGGCAGUGGAUGCCGCCGCGGGCAAGAAGUUAUCUUCGAUGCAUUCCGUGUGAACUAAACGACUCCAGGGUUCACGUCCACUGUUUUGCCGUUCUUAAGCGAUGUCUAUUUUGUUUUAUGUGAUUGGAAAAUGGUGUUCCUUUUCUUGGUUGUUUUCUAUUAUUCCAAGCGCAGUUCUCUGAUGAUUCCUGCUUUCUUCACGGAUGCAGCGUGUAUUUUGGUCUGCUCACGAGAUGCUGGUCCUUGCCUUUGCCAGGCGAGGCUGCCUAUGUUUUGUUUCGGCCAUUUAUGCCUAUUACCAAUUCUGCAAAUCUCUUCUCCGUUUAUCUCUUUCUGAUGUACCUCUUAUCUGACUUCUUCGUGAUUUGUUCAGGGCCAGAAGCCCGAGUAUUGCUUGACAGAUAGUAUGGUUAACCGUCUUGAACUUGUGUGUU